AUGGGGCUCACAAGCCAACCUUGCAGCAGCGCUCUGAGGUUGCUCUUGCUGGUCCUCCUCUUCUCGACGGCAAACGCACAUUCGUGGAUCGAACAGCUGCUUGCCAUCGCAGCGAAUGGAACUUUCAUCGGAUCUCCAGGCUACGCUCGAGGCAACGUUCAUCGCACUACUCCCGGGUUCAGCGACACGACCAUGACUUACCUGAUUCCACCAAAUGAUCGAGCCAACCAGAGUCUAAUUCUUCCCACCGACAAGAUGUGCAAAAGCACGCAGCGAACACGAAACCAAACCGAGGGUAGCCCGCGGCUGCAGGCAUCUGCCGGCUCCCCCAUCGCUCUUCGUUACCAAGAGAACGGCCAUGUGACUCUACCUUGGAAUCAACCGGGAAAGCCGAAGAAUCGAGGGACAAUCUACGUUUACGGAACCACCGAGCCGAAGGAGGAGGAGAACUUCCUAGACGUCUUCAAUUCCUGGAAUCGCGACGGUACGGGAGGGGAUCGACGCGGCGUUCUCUUGUCGAAGCAAAACUUUGAUGACGGCCGUUGCUAUCAGAUCAACAAUGGCAAUAUCUCCGAACAUCGUCAAGCCGUGUACCCCCACGUGGCGGACCAAUUGAUGGGCGCAGAUUUGUGGUGUCAACAGGACAUCGCGCUACCAUCGAAUGCACCUACAGGCAAGCCGUAUACGCUCUACUGGGUCUGGAAUUGGCCCACGGCUCCUGGCGUGGACCCGUCACUCCCCAACGGCAAGCAGGAAAUCUAUACCACUUGCAUUGAUGUAGAUGUGGUCGAUAGCCCUACAACUCAUACGCACGUCCAGGAGGGAUAUGUGGAGGGCCAGUCCCUCGACAGCGCAGCCAUUCCGUCUGAGUUUGCCGAGGUAAUGGGAUCUAGCACUGAUAGUGGUGCGGAGGCUGGAGGUAGUUCUGCGCCAAGUUCGACGACGCCGGCUCCGACGCCAACACCAACCUCAGUGGCGCCUUUUAGAGUUCUCACAUUGACGACAGUCAUCACGACACACAUACCCUGGACUAGCAGUGCUGCCUUGGCUGGGAGCACUUGA